UUGAAAUCUCAACUCACCAAUCAGACAAUCACCAGAUUCCCCACCAUAAAACUACGCUCUAUCUUACACUCUUUUGGGCACGCCGGUGAGCUACCAAACACAUGGAGAAGGAACAUAUUCUCCUACUAAUCCUCUCCUCCUUCUUUCUACUGAAACCCAUCGCCGGUGCUAACGACGACUGCUUGCCGGCCUCCUGUGGCCCCCACCAACCAGAAAUACGUUUCCCGUUCCAUAUCCUCGGCCGGCAACCCGCCCGCUGCGGAUUCCCCGGUUUCGACCUCUCCUGUAACGAACAAAACCAAACAAUCAUCCGACUUCCGUCAUCCCGCUCAUACAUCGUCAACAGAAUUUCCUACGUUUCACAGGUGAUCUACAUAGAUCCAGAAUUCUGCCGGCCAAACCGAAUCGUCGGUGUCAAUUUAACGGAUACGCCAUUCCGUUUCAGCACCUUAAGGAGCUUCACUUUUUACAACUGCUCCACUCAGAACUACGGUUUCAUGUAUCCCGCCAUUCCGUUCCCUUGCCUGAGCUCCAGAAAUUAUUCGGUAAUCGCUACCCGGACCGGAAUAUUCUCUCCUGCAUACAUGCCUUCAAAUUGUCAGGCUAUGAAGACGAUCGUGGUGCCAAUCCGGUUGAACAGUGACUUUAGAGACGAUUUGCAGUUGAUGUGGUUCACUCCGUUUUGUAGAUCUUGCGAAAUGGAAGGUAGAGCUUGUGGAUUGAAGAGCGAUGAUGGAGAGACAGUUUGCGUUGGUUCUUCCCGCGGUAUUUCUAAGAGUGCAAAAUACGGAUUAAGCAUAGGCAUCGGUGUACCUGCCUUGAUAGGCAUCAUCGGGCUUAUAUGCUAUGCAUCGGCUAGAGCACAAGCCCAAAACGAAUCUCAUAAUCAAAGCAUUGACCUUUUCUCAAUUGCAAUCAUCCCACAACCGAGAACGGGCUUGGAUGGGCCCACAAUCGAGUCCUACCCAAAGACUGUUCUUGGAGAGAGCUGUAGAUUGCCUAAUGAUGAUGCUACUUGUGCUAUAUGUCUUUCUGAUUACAAACCUAAAGAGUCGUUGAGGACAAUCCCUGAAUGUAAUCACUAUUUCCAUUCUGAAUGUAUUGAUGAGUGGCUCAAGCUGAAUGCCACCUGUCCGGUGUGUAGGAACUCACCGGAGAGUUCUUCAUUGGUUACACCUUGUUCUUCUGCAUCAUCAACAUCGAGUCGGGAAGAUUCAACUUAGAGAACAACAACAAAUACAUAUGAUUUUGAAUUUUGAUUCAUUUUACAUGUAUAUUAAUUGUAGAUAUAAAAAUGAGGUUACACGGUUAAACUAUUAUACCAUGUGUGGGGCAUAGGAAAUUUUAAAGACAUGAUUGAUAGAGUUAACAAAAACUUUUUUAUUUUGCGAUAUUUUUGAAUC